AUGAUUGAGAGCGACCUUUGUCCUUGGGGAUGUGGGGAGCCCGAAACACCCAUCCAUGCUAUUUUCUCUUGCUCUCGGUGGCAUGCUUUGUGGAGAGAGAGUGGCUGUGAGGUGUUGUGGGGUGCGGACAGUAGCACUAAUUUUUGUGAUCUUAUUGUGGGUUGGAGGGAGAUUGAUGAUAGCUUAAAAAUCAAGGGUGCUUUUCUUGCCUGGUGCAUUUGGGGGGAAAGGAAUAAUUUGGUUUUUAAUCAAAAAACUACUCCUCACAAGAUCCUCAUGGACCGUGCUGAGAGAAUUGCGAAAGAUUAUGGGAUGUAUUCGGACAACAUCUACCCACGCCAUUUGGCUGCUGCUGUGGCGAGCCCUCAUCAAUGGAUGGCCCCACUUUGUGGCUCUUUUAAACUGAAUGUUGAUGCCUCUUUGAUGGUUGAUGGUUGGGUGGGUCUGGGAGUUGUUGCGAGGGACUCAAAUGGUGAUGUUCGGUUUGCUGCCACUUGUCGAGUAAGAGCGUUUUGGACCCCCGAGCUUGCUGAGGCAAAAGCUAUCAUUCUGGGGAUUCGGCUAGGGAAGCAAUUUGGGCUCCAAGAUGUGGUCAUAGAGUCGGACUGCCAAGUAGUGAUCCGCCGCCUUGGAAAAAAUGCCUCCUCCCUCUCCGAGCUUGAUGUUUUUCUCCAUGAUAUUUUCUCUUCUUGUGUUUAUUUUAAAUCCAUUAGUUGGUCACAUGUGAAACGUGACGGGAACUUUAUAGCUCACCAUCUUGCAAAAAUAAUUCCUUUCGGGAAUGAACAAAUAUGGGAAAACCACGUUCCUUCUGAAGUGGCGCCCUAUGUAUUGAUGGACAAAUUGUCUUUGGAGUAA